AUGGGUCUCUUGGAGGAGGUCUACGGAAAUGAAAUAAUCGAAGAGCAGGCUCCUCAGGAGUACUCCGAGUACAAGGCGCAAAAUGGAUAUGGCUGGGCCGAUGCCCUCCCGUCCAAACAGGGUCUCUACAACCCUGAGCUGGAAAAGGAUGCUUGCGGUGUAGGCUUUGCUGCCCAUAUCAAGGGCAAAGCUAGCCACAAAAUUGUCAGCGAUGCACGCAACCUGCUUUGCAACAUGACCCAUCGUGGUGCCGUCGGUUCGGAUGUACGCGACGGUGAUGGUGCCGGCGUGAUGACUAGUAUCCCGCACAAAUUCUUCGUCAAGAACUUUGCUCGCGACGCGGGGCUGGAGCUACCUCCCCUGGGCCAGUAUGCUGCUGGCAACUUGUUUUUCAAGCCAGAUAAUGAGACCCUCAAGGAGUCCAUCACGACUUUCGAGGAAAUCGCAGAGUCGCUCGGUCUGCGAGUGCUGGGCUGGCGAGAGGUGCCACGCGACUCGACCCUACUGGGACCUGCCGCCUUGUCUCGCGAGCCUGUGAUCAUGCAGCCAUUUGUCGUGCUCAGCGCUGCCUAUGGAAGUGGGAACAAGCCCGAGAUCAUCGACCCCGAAAAGUUUGACAGCCGUCUCUUUGAGCGACAGUUGUAUGUUUUACGAAAGCGUGCCACAAACGUCCUGGGCCUCGCGAACUGGUUCUACCUCUGCUCUCUCAGCAACAGAAACAUCGUCUACAAGGGCCAAUUGGCUCCCGUUCAGGUGUAUGAGUACUACCAUGACUUGGUCAACGUUGACUACGAGGGCCAUUUCGCUCUUGUACAUUCUCGUUUCUCAACCAACACAUUUCCAUCUUGGGAUCGUGCGCAGCCUUUACGAUGGGCCGCUCAUAACGGUGAAAUUAACACAUUGCGAGGGAACAAGAACUGGAUGAGGGCGCGAGAGGGUGUGCUCAAGUCGGACAUCUUUGGUGAGGAACUCGAUCUGCUAUACCCAAUUGUCGAGGAUGGUGGCUCCGACUCUGCCGCCUUUGACAACGUUCUCGAACUGCUCAUGAUCAACGGUGUCCUCUCCUUGCCAGAGGCAGUCAUGCUGAUGGUUCCCGAGGCCUGGCAAAACAACCCUGCCAUGGACCCAGCCAAAGCUGCUUUCUACGAAUGGGCUGCUUGCCAGAUGGAACCCUGGGACGGCCCAGCCUUGUUCACAUUCUCUGACGGUCGUUACUGCGGUGCUAACUUGGACCGAAAUGGUCUUCGUCCCUGCCGAUUCUAUGUGACUGACGACGAUCGUAUCAUCUGUGCCUCCGAAGUCGGUACCAUUAGCUUGGACCCCGAGUCUAUCGUGCAAAAGGGCCGCCUGCAGCCUGGUAAGAUGUUGCUAGUCGACACUGUUGCUGGCCGCAUCAUUGAUGAUGCUGAACUGAAACAAACUGUCGCCCACCGCCAAGAUUUCCGUGCCUGGCUAGAUAAGGAAUUGCUUACCCUUCCUGCAAUUGAAAAGUCUUUAAUUUCACAGAACCAGGAUCUGUCUACUUCGCUGGAUCCUUCUACCCUCCAAACCGAUGUCAGGCUUAAGGCAUUUGGCUAUUCAUACGAGCAAGUCAGCUUACUCUUGGCUCCCAUGGCUGCUGAUUCUAAGGAAGCUCUGGGCUCUAUGGGUAACGAUGGUCCUCUAGCCUGUUUAGCCCAGCAACCUCGUUUGCUGUAUGAAUACUUCCGACAGCUCUUUGCCCAGGUCACCAACCCUCCCAUUGAUCCUAUUCGAGAGGCCAUUGUCAUGUCACUAGAGUGCUAUGUCGGUCCACAGGGCAAUUUGCUGGAGAUUGACUCCACCCAAUGCCACCGUUUGAUGCUGCCAUCUCCUAUUCUCACCCUGAACGAGUUCCAAUCUCUCAAAAACACCACCAAAGUUCACCCUGACUGGCCUGUAAGAGUCAUUGAUAUCACCUUUGAGAAGUCAAAGGGCAUUCAGGGUUACUUGGAUGUUCUCGACACCAUCUGUGAAGCCGCCACCGAGAGUAUCCAAAACGGCGACAAGAUUCUCAUUCUCUCUGACAGAGCCACUUCUGCCCAACGCGUACCAGUCUCUGCUCUUCUCGCUACUGGUUUAGUUCACCAUCACUUGGUCCGCAACAAAUGGAGAUCUUUGGCUGCCUUGGUAGUUGACACCGGAGAGGCUCGUGAGGUUCACCACAUGUGUGUUCUUCUUGGAUACGGUGCCGACGCAAUUUGCCCAUACCUCGCCAUGGAAUGCAUUCUCAAGAUGAACCGCGAGAAACUCAUUCGCAAGCCAUUGACUGACGAGCAAGUUCUUUUGAACUACAAGGCGUCUGUCGAUGGCGGUAUUCUCAAAGUCAUGUCCAAGAUGGGUAUCUCCACCUUGCAGUCUUAUAAGGGUGCUCAGAUUUUUGAAGCUCUCGGUAUCGAUGAUGCUGUCAUCGAUCGCUGCUUCGCAGGCACUGCUAGCCGUAUUCGAGGUGUCACAUUCGAGCUUAUCGCUCAGGAUGCCUUCGCUUUCCACGAACGUGGCUAUCCUUCUCGUUCUAUCAUUGAAAUUCCUGGCUUGCCCGAAUCCGGUGAAUACCACUGGCGUGAUGGUGGCGAUCCUCAUGUCAACGACCCAACGAGUGUUGCCAAUAUCCAGGACGCCGUACGAUCAAAGAACGACAAGUCUUACGAAGCGUAUGCUCGCUCAGAGCACGAGGCUAUCAAGAACUGCACUCUCCGUGGCAUGCUAGACUUUGACUAUGACCAACGUACCCCCAUUCCCAUUGACCAGGUUGAGCCAUGGACUGAAAUCGUGCGCCGUGUUGUCACUGGUGCCAUGUCGUACGGAUCCAUCUCUAUGGAAUCCCAUUCGACCUUGGCCAUUGCUAUGAAUCGUUUGGGUGGUAAAUCUAAUACCGGUGAAGGUGGUGAAGACCCAGAGCGAAGCAAGAGAAUGGAGAACGGUGAUACAAUGCGUUCCGCCAUCAAGCAGAUUGCUUCUGGACGAUUCGGUGUCACAUCCAACUAUCUCGCUGAUGCUGAUGAGCUACAGAUCAAGAUGGCUCAGGGUGCCAAGCCCGGUGAGGGUGGUGAGCUUCCUGGCCACAAGGUGUCGGGCCCUAUCGCUCGUACUCGUCAUUCUACCCCUGGUGUCGGUCUUAUUUCACCACCUCCUCACCACGAUAUCUAUUCCAUUGAAGAUCUGAAGCAGCUCAUCUACGAUCUGAAGUGCUCCAACCCUCGUGCUCGCGUGUCUGUUAAGCUUGUAUCUGAGGUCGGUGUUGGUAUCGUUGCUUCUGGUGUCGCCAAAGCUAAGGCCGAUCAUAUCUUGAUUUCUGGCCACGACGGUGGUACUGGUGCCUCUCGAUGGACAGGUAUCAAGGCAGCGGGUCUGCCCUGGGAAUUGGGUCUCGCUGAGACCCACCAGACUCUUGUUCUCAACGAUCUUCGUGGUCGUGUCGUUGUUCAAACCGACGGUCAGCUGAGAACCGGUCGCGAUGUCGCUAUCGCUUGCUUGCUUGGUGCUGAGGAAUGGGGAUUUGCUACAACUCCUCUAAUUGCUAUGGGUUGCAUCAUGAUGCGAAAAUGCCACUUGAACACGUGCCCUGUUGGUAUCGCUACCCAAGACCCUGAGUUGCGCAAGAAAUUCCAGGGUACUCCCGAGCACGUCAUCAACUUCUUCUACUAUGUUGCAAACGAACUUCGUGCUAUCAUGGCCAAACUUGGUAUUCGCACCAUCAACGAGAUGGUUGGUCGCGCAGAAUUACUCAAAGUCCGAGAUGACAUUCGCUCCCCUAAACAGGAGAACAUUGACUUGUCUCUAAUCCUAACCCCCGCUCACUCUCUGCGCCCAGGCGUCGCUACUUACAAUGUGCGCAAGCAGGAUCACCGUCUUCAUGUUCGACUGGAUAAUAAGCUCAUCGCUGAAUCUGAAUUGGCGCUGGAAAAGGGUCUCCCCUGCAGAGUUGAGUGUGAUGUUGUCAACACCGACCGAGCUCUUGGCGCUACUCUUUCUUAUCAGGUCAGCCGCCGCCAUGGAGAAGCUGGCUUGCCUCAAGACACCAUCCAUGUCAAUAUUAAGGGAUCCGCUGGUCAAUCAUUCGGUGCCUACCUGGCUCCUGGUGUCACAUUGGAGCUCGAAGGUGAUUCCAACGACUAUGUCGGUAAGGGCUUGUCUGGUGGUCGUCUGAUUAUCUACCCUCCCCGAGGCGCAGUCUUUAAAGCGGAGGAGAACAUUCUUAUCGGUAACGUUUGUCUCUACGGUGCCACUGCUGGUACUUGCUACUUCCGUGGUGUAGCUGCGGAACGAUUUGCUGUUCGCAACUCUGGUGUUACUGCCGUCGUUGAAGGUGUCGGUGACCAUGGUUGCGAGUACAUGACUGGCGGUCGAGUUCUCAUUCUCGGAUCAACUGGCCGUAACUUUGCCGCUGGUAUGUCCGGUGGAAUUGCCUAUGUUCUCGAUGUCAACCAGGAUUUCUACUCCAAGAUCAACAUGGAAAUGGUUGAAGUGUCCGGCUUGGAAGAUCCUGCUGAAAUUGCUUUCGUCCGCGGUCUUAUCGAAGACCACCACCAUUACACUGGAUCCGAACUCGCCGCUCGCAUUCUUUUGGACUUCAACCGCGCUCUUCCUCGAUUUGUCAAGGUUCUUCCUACUGACUACAAACGCGUCCUCUUGGAGGAAGCCGCCAAGGCAGAGGCAGCCAAGAAAGCAGAAUUCACCCUACCUAAGCUACCAAGCACCCCUGUUCCCGUGGAAGAGAAGCAGCACAAACACGAGGACGAAUCAAAGAAGAGCGACCUUCUCGAUAUUGAGGACAGCGUGAGCGACUCCAAGGUCGAGAAGAAGCGCACCGCUCUUAUUCUCGACAAGACCCGUGGGUUCAUGAAAUAUAAUAGACGCAGCGAGAAGUACCGUAACCCAGCGACUCGUACCCGCGAUUGGGCCGAGCUUUCCAGCCGCUUGACGGAAGACGAGCUCAAGUAUCAGUCCGCACGCUGCAUGGACUGCGGUGUUCCUUUCUGUCAAUCCGAUACUGGCUGUCCUAUCUCCAACAUUAUUCCCAAGUGGAAUGAGCUUGUCUUCCAGAACCAAUGGCAGGAUGCUCUCAACAGGCUGCUCAUGACAAAUAACUUCCCCGAGUUCACUGGUCGUGUGUGCCCUGCUCCUUGUGAGGGAGCUUGCGUUCUCGGCAUCAACGAGGACCCAGUCGGCAUCAAAUCUAUUGAAUGCGCUAUUAUUGACCGUGGUUUCGAGAUGGGCUGGAUGAUCCCGCGACCUCCACCGGUCAGAACUGGAAAGACUAUUGCCAUCAUCGGUUCUGGCCCUGCUGGUCUUGCUGCUGCUGAUCAGCUCAACCGCGCCGGCCACUCAGUCACUGUUUACGAGCGUGCUGAUCGCAUUGGCGGUCUAUUGAUGUAUGGUAUUCCUAACAUGAAGCUUGACAAGAAGGUUGUUCAGCGCCGCGUUGACCUUAUGGCUGCUGAGGGAGUCAAAUUUGUUACAAGCACUACUGUUGGCCCUGAUUCCGAAAUUAGCAUGCAAUCAUUGCGUGAUUCCAAUGAUGCUGUUAUCAUUGCCACUGGUGCCACCGUUGCUCGUGAUCUCAAGAUCCCAGGCCGCGAACUUGAUGGCGUUCACUUUGCCAUGCAAUUCCUCCACAAGAACACCAAGUCUUUGCUCGACUCUGCCCAUGCUGAUGGAGCCUACAUCUCCGCCAAGGAUAAGCACGUUGUUGUUAUCGGCGGUGGUGAUACUGGUAACGAUUGCAUUGGUACCUCCGUCCGCCAUGGCGCCAAGAGCGUGGUCAACUUCGAAUUGCUCCCCCAACCUCCCCCAGAGCGUGCCCUUGACAACCCAUGGCCACAAUGGCCUCGUAUUUACCGUGUUGACUACGGUCACUCCGAAGUCAAGACCCACAUGGGCAAGGAUCCUCGUGAAUACUGCAUCAUGUCCAAGGAGUUCGUUGACGACGGUAAUGGAAAUGUCAAGGGCAUCAACACUGUCCGUGUUGAAUGGACCAAAAGCGCUAGUGGCGGCUGGGAUAUGAAGACCAUUGAGGGCAGCGAGCAAUUCUUCCCUGCCGACCUGGUCAUGUUGUCCAUGGGUUUCCUAGGUCCUGAGGAUCGUCUGCUUGGUGAAGAAAUUGAGCGUGAUGCCCGUAAGAACGUAAAGACUGCUCCUGGCCAGUAUUCCACCAACAUCCCCGGUGUCUUUGCUGCCGGUGAUUGCCGCCGUGGCCAGUCUCUUAUUGUCUGGGGUAUCAACGAAGGUCGUCAGGCCGCUCGUGAAGUUGACACAUACCUCAUGGGAACUGGCUCUCUCCUUCCCGUCACUGGUGGUAUUGUCCGUCGGCCCGCUGCUGAUGCUGUUCCUCAGACCGUUCAGGUUGUUUCUGCUUAA